AUGUUCGGUUCACGACGCGAGUUUCGCCCAUAUUUGGCAAGAAUUAUCCUAGAGUCGGUGCUAUAUGGAUCGUGGCUAGGCGGUUUAUUUCCCUUCAUCUUUGAUUCCGAAAGACGUAAAGUGAGGCGCUCUCGAUGGCUUGUUGUCUAUGGCCUAGUUGUGAAUUAUCUAGUUCUGUUCGUUCUGUUAUUCCUUGGAUUUCAAUAUCAGAACCUGCGCAAACUAGAUGCCUUCGAGCGAAAUCCUGUGCUGGAGAGGGUAAACGUGCUAAUUACACUGAUGAGCCUUUUCUCAGCCGUUGUGAUCAAUUUUAUGAAUUUUUGGGGAAGCAAGAAAGUGGAGGAAAUUGUCAACGAACUUUUAACUCUAGAGUAUCAUGACUUUCGAGGUCUGAAUGAAAAAAACUGCCCAAAAUUAAACUGCUUUGUGAUUCAAAAGUGGGCGGCUAUGGUGGGUCAGCUUAUAUCCUUUUUAACGGUCAACUACGGAAUGCCUGGAAACAGAACUCAUAUAUCUCUAGUGCUUCUUAGCUGCUGGUUGCAAGUAUCCGUCUGCUUUAAUAUCAUGCAAUAUUAUUUCGGAGUACUCCUAAUCUAUCGUUAUGUGUGGCUGAUAAAUGGACAACUCGGAGACCUGCUGAAUCAACUGAACCUGAAUCCCACAAUAGCAUCGUCGAGGAUUCGCAACAAUCUCUCCUUGUACAAUCGUCUUUUGGAUCUAAAUAAGAAAUUGGUGUCCGCCUAUGAAUACCAUAUGAUACUAAUUCUCACUUCUUGGCUAGCUGGCAAUAUUGUGGUUAGCUUUUUUCUGAUUGUGUACGGAAUUAGUAUGCAAAAGUGCUCGAUAUUUCUGAUGGUCUUCCCGCAAUCAUUGCUCAUAAAUGUUUGGGAUUUUUGGUUGACUAUUGCCGUAUGCGAUCUGACCGAGAGGACUGGUAGGAAGACCUCAACAGUUCUGAAACAUUUUACUGAUAUUGACUAUAAGGAUGAUCAGCUGGAAAAAAGUGUUAACGAGUUCGCCUGGCUGUGCAGUCAUCGCAAGUUCCAGUUUCAACUAUGUGGACUUUUUCAUGUUAACUACAAUAUGGGUUUCCAAAUGACCAUAAGCAGUUUUCUAUAUUUGGUUUAUUUAGUUCAGUUUGAUUUCAUGAACUUGUGA